CGUUCGUCGGUUGAUCGUUAAACGUUGUUUCAGUACGGCUGAAAUCGCGUAAGCCACUUCUCACCGUCACCGUUGAGCUCCGUGUGUUUACGAUGUCCCUCCCGUUGUAGUUCCGUUCCCAGUUUUUCCCACCCGCUUCCCGACACUCCGACGUCGCCGUCGGUGUUGUUGUUAUUGUCACUCGUAUCGAGCGACAUAUCUGUGAAAAACUUAACAGCUGUGAAUAAUGCAAAAAACGUUAUCCGCCAUCGUUCCGGCGCUGUGAGGUAUUCUAAAGUUUCGAAAUCUGUGAAAAAGACUUGUCUAAGGGACGCCGUCGACAUUCGUUCGGAUUUCCCGUCGUUCGUCGCCACACGUCUAACUUCAACACUAUAUUUUCGUCCGACGCCAUAACGCCGGCUAAUACUUUGGAUUAACGCAGCACACAAGAUGACUCCAUCUCCAAAUCAUAGAGCUGCACCGAACCCAGUAACAGUUAGAAAUAUUCUAAUAAUUAAUAAUAAAGUCAUUAACAUAUCUAAUGGGUGUCCAGUCAUUCUAAAUACUUCAAGUCCUGCAAAUGAAUCUACUGAUAAUUCACUUGAGCCAAUAUCCAGGUCAAUGUCUAAUGAAACACCUUCUUGGGAUUUGAGUACAUAUGAAAAUCGCUUGAAAACAUUUGAUGGAGUGUGGAAAUUACAAUUUAUAACACCUAACCAAAUGGCCAAAGCUGGAUUAUAUUAUUUGGGUAUACAAGAUCGUGUUAGAUGUUUAUUUUGUUCUAAAGAAUUUGAUUAUUGGCAACCUGGUGAUGAUCCAACUGUUGAACAUAAACGUCAGUCUCCACAAUGUCCAUUUUUUAAUGAUUCCUCAGCUGGUUAUGAUGUGUGUGGUCUAUUUGGCUCUGCUCCUGCUGAUGUCAAGUCUAAUAUUUUGUCAAAUACAGCACAAGACAUUUUAGAAGCUGUGGGUGUUCUGCAAGUAAUGAAAAAUCCUUCACAUAAAGAAUAUGCAUUGUUAGAAGCACGCUUGAAAUCAUUUGAAAAAUGUAUGAUACCGUUGAAACAAGAUGUUCAAACUCUAUGCGAAGCUGGAUUUUUUUAUAUAGGUAAUGGCCAAAAUGACCAGAUGUUAUGUUUCUACUGCAGUCAAGGUCUUAAGGAUUGGGAAGAUGAUGAUGAUCCAUGGACAGAACAUGCCAAGUGGUCAUGUACUUGUAGUUAUGUGUUAUUAAGUAAAGGCUUAAAAUUCGUUGAGCAAGCAAAUAGUGAGAUGUGUACUGAAACCUCUAAACUCAACAUUCCGACCUUAUUCAACUUUUUUGCUGAACAUAAGGAUAUGACCUUUUUUGAAAAUAAUCUGAAAGUGAAUUCGACAAAAAGGAUUCACAUUGUCUGUCAAGAUCGUAAACGGAGGAAACUUGAUCAGUCAGAAAUUUCUGACAUAAGUCAAAUUAAAAUAUCAUCUGAUGAAAUUCUCCAUCUUUCUCAAAAGCGAGACCCUAAUACAAUGCCAGAUUCUAUGCUAUGCAAGAUUUGUUAUAAAGAAGAAAUGAAAGUAGCGUUUAUCCCUUGCGGUCAUGUGAUUGCCUGUAUUCAAUGCGCUGUAACACUUGAACAGUGUGCUGUAUGUAGGCAACCUUUCACCAGGGCAAUGAGAGUAUACUUAUCAAUGGAUGAUAAAAAAGGUACAGAUCUCGAAGAGUUACCAUGCAGUUCAUCACAGUGUUUAGAAGAACAAUUAGAUCCAAUGACAUGCAAAGUAUGUCAUAAAGAAGAAAUGGCAGAAGCGUUUAUACCCUGUAGACAUGUAUAUGCCUGCGUUAAAUGUGCGGCAGAUAUGAAUGAAUGCCCAGUGUGUACAGAAAAAUUCUGUGCCACUAUGCAAGUGUACUUAUAGGGCUUUUAAAAUUACCGUGACAUGUGGUGUAAACCAUUCUAGUCUUAUAUUUAUUUUAAAUAUAUUAAUUUUAAUAUUCUUAUUAAUUUGUUUAAUUCAUUUUAGCUUUAACAACUUAAUUUAUAAUGAAAUAUAAUAAGCACCAAAGUGGGCUAAAUCUAUGUUGUCGUAUUGUUGGUAUUUAUAAUAUUUUCGACAAUGCACAAGGAUCAUAGUAAAAUGUGAGACUGAUUUCCUUAGAAGAUGUUAUACAAUGGUUGUUAUCUCUAUCAUUAUAAUAUAGUAAACUUAUGAUCGGUACAAUUAUGUUAUUUUUUAUAGAAGUACAUUAACAUAAUAUUUACUAUUUAAUAAUUAUUUUGAAUAUAAAUGUAAAUAUAAGUGUUUUAAAACAUAUACAUGUAAAAACUGGUAUGAAGUCCCUUUAUUAUAAUUAUUUUUAAAUCAAAUUAAUUGUUUGAAUAUAUAAUUGUAGAGCUGUCAUAAGUUACUUUUUAUAGUUAUUACUUAUUUGAUUAUUUUUAUUUCCAUAUUUUGCACUCAGCUUGAACGAAUACAAUAAUUAUAGCUCUUAAGUAGACACUCCGAUGUACAUUUUCUUUGUAAAUAAAAUUUUUUUCUUUUCUUUUGAUUGUUGCUAUUAAAACAACAAUUAUUUAGUGUUUUAAACUUUUAACUAUAAAAGAAUUAUUAUAGAAUAAAAAUUUGAUUUUAAAAUUA